AUGCGAGUUAUUCCCCUUGAAUAUUCCAACAUGGAGGAUUCUAACCUCAUGAUGGACAUCAUAAAGCAGGAUUUGCCUGCAACUCUGAAACAUUUCCAGAAUCUUCCACAAUCAAUUGAUGACACAAACAGUUUUAUUCAAUCUCUCAUUAGAAAAAUCAGCAGUGAUGACUUCAAUAUUUCAGGGGGAAUUGGUUUUCUCACCAUGAAGUACAAUGUUUUGCUCAAUUACAUCAUUGACUUGGCUCUGGUAAUGCUUGCAAAAAUCAAAGGAAAUUCCUUGGAAAAGAAUUAUGCAGUCGAGAGACUUGUUGAAAACAGAACGAUUUGGGAGAAGAUCCAACCCAUUGAUCAGAAGCUACGAUAUCAAAUAGACAAAGUGGUACAAUCAGCUAUCACAGGCCAAGAAGGUGACAAUCCUUUGAAAUACAGAGCUCGUCCAGAAAGAAUGAGAUCCAAGUUGAAGGAGAAAGCUGAUGAAAGUGAAGAUGAGGAUGGCAACAAGAAACGAAAUGUUUAUAUUCCUCCAAAACUUGCUGCCACUCAUAAUGAAGCCUAUUUGACAGCAAAAGAACGAAAAGAAAAAUUAAUUAACCGAGUUCGUAAAAGAGCUUUAGGUAGUUCAUUAUUGAAAGACCUUAAGAGAGAAUAUGAUGAUGCACCGGAAGAACAUGGAAAAAGCCAGAAUUUGCUUCACUUGAAAGACACUUCAGCCACAAUGGAAAGAAUAGAGUAUGAAGAAGAUAAUUUUGUCAGGCUUCCAAUUACAAAGAAAGAAAAGGCAACUUCCAAAGUCAUGUCUACUAUGGCUUCCAUUGGCAAAUUGGCUCAUUUUGAAAAUAUCAGUGCACUUUAUGAAGAGAUGGAGAUGGGUCAGCCUAAGAAAAAGAAAGGAAAAUUUACAAGAAAAAAGGCACUAAAUGUUGAAGCUCUGACUGUAAGGGAAUUAUUAGAAAGAACGAGAGUGCUAACAGCAAGCAGAGAUGAAAGUCAGGACAUAGUUGCGGCUGUGUGCCCAGCCCAUAGUGACGGUGCGUCUCUUAAAAAGAGUGACCCACUCACCAGUGUGACAUGCUUCAGGUGCAGCGGCAAAGGCCACAUAGCAAAGGACUGCCGGAAGCACUAUCGAUACGGGGAUGUUGGACACUGGGCCCAUGACCGUUCAGGAAACGCUACAGAGGACAAGGCAUCAGCGCCAGCCUUUUCCCCAAUGGUGCUCCCAGUGGCAAACAUCCUUGUUGACGGAACUUGGUGUUCAACGCUGAUUGAUACUGGCUGUUCACGGAUGAUUGUGGAUGCAGAUCGGUACCAGUCUUGGAAGAGAGUGACGGUGGACGUCAUGAUUAUUGGAGGCAUGUCUCAUCCAUGUUGCGGUGUAGGAGUGGUAACUGUAUCCCCGAAGGAAGGUGGUACUGCCAAGAUCAACGUGUUGGUGGCAUGUGGUAAACCACUGGAAUUUGACCUGCUAUUGGGGAUUGAUGGUAUAACAGCAUUGGGAGGCACUGUUGUUGGGCCAACGGGACGAGUACAGAUUGGCAAUGGGUGA